AUGUCUGAAGAUCAGUUACCAAUUGAAGAGACAAGAGAUGCAUUAAUUCAACGUCAUAAAAAAGAACAAAAAGAUUUAAUAGCGACUGUAACAGGGUUGAAAAAACAAGCAACUAAGAAAACAAGGAAGAGUGUUCUUCAAAAAUGUCAAGAAUUACAAGAUAAGUUAAAUCAAAAACAACAAGGUGAAUUAAAGAAAUUUGACGGUGGUGGCGAUGUUGUUGAUGAUGAUGAUGAUGGAGGUGAAGAAGAAAUGACUCCUGAGAAAUUACUCGAACAAAUGUCAUUAGAUAACAAGCCACAAGAAGAACAGACAACUACUACAACGAGUAAUGAACCAAAGAAGAAGAGAAAUAGACAAAAGGAAAGAUUAGAAAGACGUAAACAAGAAAUUGAAAAAAUCAAACAGGAAGCAAUUAAAGAAUCUGCAAAUAGUAUAGAUUAUAGAAAAUUAGAACAAGAAUCUAUGGAGAAAAUAUUAUCCAUGAAUAAUCUACAAUUAUAUGAAAUUAAACCUGAUGGACAUUGUUUAUUUGCUUCAAUUCAAGAUCAAUUAUUAAUCCAUCAUAAUAAAUCAGUUGAAAUUCAAGAAUUAAGAAAUUUAGCAGGUGAUUAUAUCCUAGAAAAUCAAAAUGAUUUUAUUCCAUUUUUAAUUGAUGAAGAAACAGGUGAAUUAAAAAAUAUAAAUGAUUAUGUUGAAGAAUUAAAAUCAACAGCAAUGUGGGGGUCAGAUAUGGAAAUUCUUGCCCUUGCUAAUAUCUUCAAUUGUCCAAUUAUUGUAUACAUGGCAGGUUCUUCAGAAUUGAAAAUUAAUCCUGAUGGUGAAUUAAAAGAGUUAAAUUUGGGUUAUUUCAAACAUUCAUAUGGUUUAGGUGAACAUUAUAAUUCUUUAAGAGAUUUAUAA